AUGUUGUUAUUUCUAGUAUUUAUCUUGGUGGUUUCCCAGGUGGUGUUGCUUCUUUUGUCUCCCCAGUUUAGAGACAAGUUUAUAUUCAGAUGGUACUAUGAUGAAGUGUACAAGCCCAUGAUACUGGACAAUAGCAGGUAUCGAAUCAAGUUUUAUGUUGUUCCUGUCUUUUACCUGUCUGUUUACAGUUAUAUGGUGUACAUUUUUUACUCAAGAACAUUCGCAAUUAUUAGUCCAAUGCUGACAUCAAUUGAAACAUAUGUGGUAAUACCAUUAAUGCUGAUUUUACCGCUCUUUUUUGGAUCCAUGUCAAUGAUAAUAAAGCCAGAUUCAUCGAAUGCCCAUCAAAUUGGAAGUGAGAAAAGAUAUCCAUACGAUAACUUAUUAUACUUCCCACAACAUGAAUGCCGAACUUGCAAACAGGUGAAACCUGCCAGGUCAAAACAUUGUACAGUAUGUAAUAGUUGCAUAUACCUGGCAGAUCAUCAUUGUGUAUGGAUUAAUAAUUGUGUUGGUAUGGGGAACUACAUGUACUUUUACUCAUUCCUGUGUUCAAAUCUUUUGCUUUUGAGUUACAGUUUCAUUAGACUCAUAUUUAUUCAAUUUAACAAGUCUGCUUACAACACAACACCCACUGGGGAGAAAUCUUUGCUGAUAUUAUCAAUUUUAUGUGGCUCAUUUACUGUAAUACUGGCUGUAUACUGUUAUUUCGUGUUUGAAUUAGUGAAUAGUGGCAUGACUACCAAUGAAAAGGAUAAGUGGCAGAUGGUCCAUGAUUAUAUAAAUACCGGAGACUUAGUGAGGGACCCAGAAGGAAAAUACUUCAUUAAAUACCAAAAUGGUGGAAAUAAUUAUGAGUUUUACAGUACGGAUUCUUAUGAUGGCACUCAGUAUACAAUUGUCGAUUACUUUACAGUGAAGUCACCAGCGGAAAUCACGAAUAUUUACGAUAAGGGCAACUUCAUUAAUAAUCUGAGAGAGUUCAUCGGGUAG